AUGGAGAGUUUUGUUAAGAAAGUAUGGGCUCCUGUAGCUAAUCCUGAAAUCUUGCUUCUAAAAUCUAGCUUGUUCUUGUUUAAAUUCAAUAGCAAAGAGGAAAUGGAAGAAAUCAUGGACAAUGGUCCUUGGUUCUUUGGAUCAAGACCUCUCCUACUUAAGCAAUGGUCUAAUGAGGAAGAUGUUGAAAAGAGUUUUGAAAACAAAUAUCCUGUAUGGAUCCAAUUGCCAGGUUUGAGACUAAAUCUGUGGAAUGCUAAAAGUCUUAGUAAAAUUUCUAGUGUUAUUGGCAAGCCAAUCACAACAGAUAAAUUGACAGCUAAUAGGCAAAGAUUAGCCUAUGCAAGGAUCCUUGGGCCAAAUGGAAAAUUGAUUAAGCAAUUGGUAUACUAUGAGCUAAAGCCUAAAUGGUGUGAAAUAUGCAAGCAGAUUGGGCAUGAUACAAAGAAUUGCAAGAGGCAAAUUAAUACACAAAGAUGGGUUCCAAAAAAGGCUCCUGCAGUAAAUGUUUCUGCUCAGAAUGUUACUGUCAGUGCCCAACAACCUGUUCUACAAAAUCAACAGAAGCCUGAUCAAGAUGAAACAGUCAAGGUUGCUGUGAAUUCCUUAGAUGGAGAAAACUCUGUGCAAAAUGUUCAUAUUAAUCAAAAGGAUAUGUAUGAUACACUGAACAUAGGAAAAUUUUCAGCUGGAAAAGACACUGUGCAUGUUGUGCACGUUUUACAAUCUGAUUCUGGAGUUAAUGCACAUACUGGAAAUCCUUGGCUGAAAAAAGCAAAUGGGAAAAGGAACUCAUUCUCCCCUUUGGCUGGAAUGAUGCAACAUAUUGUACAGAAUCACCUCUCUUUCAUUGCAUUACUUGAAACAAAAAUCAAUAAGCAUAUUACUUGUUCUGUCAAUUCUAUAGAUGGAAGGAUAAACUGCAUUAUCUCUUCAAUCUAUGGCCUCAACCAUCAGGAAUCUAGGAAAAUCCUAUGGACAGAUCUCCUUCAAAUGCAUCAAAAAGCUGGAAACACCCCAUGGCUUCUUUGUGGGGACUUCAACACAAUGAUCAAUGCUGAUGAAAAAAUAGGAGGAAUAGCUCUUACUGAUGCAGAUACUCAUGAUUUCAAUUCUUUCAUUGAUAAUAGUAAUUUCCAGCACCUAAAUACUCUGGGCUGUUUCUUUACCUGGAGCAACAAACAGGAUCAAAACUCUAGAAUCUGGUGCAGACUUGACAGGGCACUUGUAAAUGAAUCAUGGAUUGACAAAUAUAACUCUAGUCAUGUGGAAUAUCUUCUGCCAACCUCCUCAGAUCACUCCCCAGCUUUGAUCAAAAUAUAUGAAGAGGAAAAGCAAGGGAAAAAACCUUUUAAGUUCUUUAAUAUGUGGACUAAGCACAGCAGCUAUCUACACACAGUUAACUCUAUAUGGCAACUGAAGGAUUUGUAUUGUCUGCCGUUUUACGUAUCUGGUCGUCCUAUUGACUUGUAUGCUUCACUAACUUGCUUCAUACGCUCGUUAGCUUCUUUACGACACUUGGAUCUGACCGUCCAGCGUGGCGGGUACUUGGAGCUGACCGACAAGUGUGGCGGGUACUUGGAGCUGACCGACAAGCGUGUGAGCCAUCCAGGUAAUCUUUCUUGA